AUGUCGUGCUCUACCUGGCACAGCUAUUUCAAAAAGUUUUUGUAUUGUUCCUAUGCACUCCAUGUGUGAAUAUGCACACCAUUAACAGAUGGGAUUUCAUCAUUUGAAAACCUCUUGGCUAAUAAUGUUCUUCGAGUAUUUGUCUGGGUCAUAGCUUGUGUUACCUGUUUUGGAAAUCUUUUUGUCAUUGGAAUGAGCUCUUUUAUCAGAGCUGAAAACAAGAAGCACACUACAUUUAUCAAAAUGUUGUGUUGUGCUGAUUAUCUGAUGGGUGUGUACUUGUUCUCCAUUGGAGUCUUUGACAUUAAAUAUCGUGGACAAUAUAAAAACUAUGCUGUGCUGUGGAUGGAGGGCUUACCAUGUCAUAUCAUGGGUUUCCUGGCCAUGUUUUCUACAGAGGUCUCUGUCUUGUUGUUGACUUUGGAAAAAUAUUUAGUAAUUGUCUUUCCCUUCAGUAAUAUCCCACCAGGAAAGCAUCAGGCAAUAAUAAUCCUUGUAUCCAUAUGGUUUAUUGGAUUUGUAAUAGUAAUAAUCCCAUUUUGGGGUGAGGAUUUUUUUGGAAAGUAUUAUGGAAAAAAUGGAGUUUGUUUCCUACUUUAUUCUGAUCAAACAUAAGAAAUUGGAGGCAAGGGGCAUUCUUUUGGGAUUUUUCUUGUUGUGAACCUACUAGCAUUCAUCAUAAUAGUGUUUUCAUAUGUCAGUAUGUUUUAUUCCAUUCAACAAACUGCCCUUCAGACAUCAGAAGUAAGAAGCAACAUUCACAUGGAUGUUGCUGUUGCCGAUCGAUUUUUUUUAAUAGUAUUCACUGACUCCAUCUGCUGGAUUCCUGUCUUUUUUAUAAAAAUCCUCUCCCUACACCAGGUGGAAAUUCCAGGCACUGUCACUUCCUGGAUAAUGAUAUUUAUUCUGCCAAUAAACAGUGCCUUGAACCCAAUUCUCUACACUCUCACCACCACUUUCUUUAAGGAGAAGUUAAAGCAGUUAAUGCAGAAACAUCAAAGGAGGUCGGUUUUCAAAAAUGACAGAAAAAGCUUGGCUACUUCAAUAGUAUGGACAGAUGAUUCCUUAAUUCGUGCCUCCUCUCUUAGACUUGGAUUUUUAAACAAAUAACUUUUGGGGGAUGAGUAA